UAAAUUGAGGGACUUGGGAGGGUAAGAGCAUGCCAUGAACUUCUCUUAGCUGUUUUCACAAAGGUUUCUUUAUUUGUAUUUACAAAAACCCAAGUUCUAGCCAUGGCUGCAUCUUUCUCAGUGCCUUCAAUGAUAAUGGAAGAAGAAGGAAGAUUUGAAACUGAAGUUGCUGAGGUGCAAGCAUGGUGGAACUCGGAGAGGUUCAAGCUAACCCGACGACCAUACUCGGCUCGAGACGUUGUGGCUUUACGAGGCAGCCUCAAGCAGAGCUAUGGCUCCAACGAGAUGGCAAAGAAGUUAUGGACGACUCUCAAGACGCACCAAGCCAAUGGCACUGCCUCUAGGACUUUUGGUGCACUUGACCCCGUCCAAGUAACCAUGAUGGCUAAGCAUUUGGACUCCAUUUAUGUCUCUGGUUGGCAAUGCUCCUCCACUCACACCACCACCAACGAGCCAGGUCCUGACCUUGCUGACUACCCUUACGACACCGUUCCAAACAAAGUCGAACACCUUUUCUUUGCACAACAAUACCAUGACCGCAAACAAAGAGAGGCACGAAUGAGUAUGAGCCGGGAGGAGCGCGCUCGAACCCCUUAUGUCGAUUACCUGAAGCCAAUCAUAGCUGAUGGUGAUACUGGCUUUGGUGGAACCACAGCAACCGUUAAGCUUUGUAAACUUUUCGUUGAACGUGGUGCUGCCGGUGUCCACAUCGAGGACCAGUCAUCUGUAACCAAAAAAUGUGGUCACAUGGCUGGUAAAGUGCUUGUUGCUGUUAGUGAACACAUUAACAGGCUAGUGGCAGCGAGGUUGCAGUUUGAUGUUAUGGGAGUCGAGACAGUGUUGGUGGCUCGAACCGAUGCUGUUGCAGCUACUUUGAUCCAAACCAAUGUCGACACCAGGGAUCAUCAGUUUAUUCUUGGUGCAACAAAUCCGAAUCUUCGGGGGAAAAGUCUGGCAAAUAUGUUGGCUGAAGGAAUGGCUGCCGGUAAAAAUGGGCCCCAACUUCAGGCCAUUGAAGAUAAUUGGCUAGCAAUUGCACAACUUAAGACAUUCUCCGAAUGCGUAAUGGAUGCCAUUAAGAGCAUGAACAUAACAGAGGAUGAAAAGAGAAGGAGAAUGAAUGAAUGGAUGAAUCAUUCAAGUUAUGAUAAGUGCCUAUCAAAUGAACAAGCAAGAGAGAUUGCUGAGAGAUUGGGACUUAAGAAUCUUUUCUGGGACUGGGAUUUGCCUAGAACCAGAGAAGGGUUCUAUAGGUUUAGAGGGUCUGUAAUGGCUGCCAUUGUUCGCGGUUGGGCCUUCGCACCUCAUGCAGACCUUAUUUGGAUGGAGACAUCGAGCCCCGACAUGGUCGAGUGCACCAGGUUUGCUGAAGGGGUGAAAUCAAUGCACCCCGAGAUCAUGUUGGCUUACAAUCUCUCCCCAUCUUUCAAUUGGGAUGCAUCGGGAAUGACCGAUGAACAGAUGAGAGACUUCAUUCCAAGAAUAGCCAAGCUUGGUUUCUGUUGGCAGUUCAUAACGUUAGCUGGUUUCCAUGCUGAUGCAUUGGUGACCGACACAUUUGCGAGAGAUUUCGCAAGGAGGGGGAUGCUAGCGUAUGUGGAGAAGAUCCAAAGAGAAGAACGGAACAAUGGAGUGGACACAUUGGCUCACCAAAAAUGGUCAGGUGCCAACUUUUAUGAUAGAUAUCUCAAGACAGUUCAAGGAGGUAUAUCAUCCACAGCAGCCAUGGGCAAAGGGGUGACUGAGGAGCAAUUCAAGGAAACAUGGACUAGACCAGGUGCAGGGAACAUUGGAAGUGAAGGCAAUCUGGUUGUGGCUAAGGCUAGAAUGUAAGACAAGCAAAAAUGAGCUGAAGGAUGGUCUAUUUUGGACUUGGGAGAAUAACCCAAUUCUUGAAUUUUGGAAUUGGGACGGAAAAAAAAAAAAAGUGGUAAUAAAAUCAUUUGACAAUGGAUCAGUCUGGGUAUUUCGUUUUCUUUUUGUUUUCUGUUGGGCCAUAUUGUGCCUUGUCUUUUUUAAAGCUUUCUAAUGCUUUUGUUAGAGACGAAACUUGUUCCUUUUAUAAUAGAAAAUGUUCUGUUUAUUUUGUUUCA